AUGGCCUCGUAUAUCAAGGAGGUAAUCGAGAAAUACGAAAUAGGUUCCAAACUCGGAUAUUUCAUGCUUGAUAAUGCCGAAAGUAACGACACUUGCCUAGAGACGCUUGCGAGGUGGUUCCCAAUGGACACGAGCCGGCGUCGACUGCGUUGCGUAGGCCACAUUAUCAAUCUGGUUGUCCGCGCUGUCAUCUUUGGGUCAAACGUCAGUAAGUUCGAGGCGGAGCUUCGUGGGGCUACGGACGAAUUUAGUUUCGAGAUUUGGGCCAGGAAGGGGGCUAUCGGCAGACUCCACAACCUUUCCACCUAUAUCCGACGGACGGACCAGCGACGACAGGUGCUUCGGCGUUUACAGACCGAGCUCGCCGGGGACGACGCAAUAUUUACAUUGGAGAUUGUUGUUGAUGGCAAGACACGCUGGAACUCCAUUUACGAUAUAUCAUCGCCCUAA